AUGAAGGAUACCUGUAAGGACAAUUUGAUAUCCUCAAACAAUCAUUCACAUCUGACACUCGAUGACAGCGUCCCAUCGGAUGAUCAAAUGUUCGAGACAUACGAAGCAGGCCACCUGGUAGCUCUUGUUUUGGAAUUGGAUAGACCGAAUCCACUUUUCCGAUCUCCGAUUGGCAAAGACCCUAAGCACAUACUUGACCUUGGGACCGGGAAGGGCGUUUGGGCAAUCGACGUGGCCGACAUGUUUCCCGAUGCGACGGUACGCGGAGUCGAUCUCUUCCCGCCCCCAGUAUCCUGGAUGCCACCAAAUUGCAUUCUCGAGGUCGAUGACGCCCUGCAAGAGUGGACCUGGCGUGAGCCUUUCGACUUGAUACACAUGCGAAUCAUGAUUGGAUCCUUUUCUGAGCCGGAGUGGGAUCGUGUGUACAAACAAUGCUACGACAAGCUACAGCCUGGUGGAUGGAUCGAACAAGUCGAAGCCAGCCCUGUGAUAUUAUGCGAUGACGGUAGUCUCCCACCUGACAGCAUUCUCCAUACCUGGGGCGUCUACACGAUGGAGUGUGCUAAGAAAGCCGGGCGCGAGUUGGAUGCGAUCGACACUAUGUGCGACAGCAUUCGCAAGGCCGGCUUUGUAGACGUCCAUGAAAAGGAAUAUAAGUGGCCUAUCGGCCCAUGGCCCAGAGACAAGAGGCUUAAGGAAGCCGGCGUGGUCAACUUCCAACACUGGAUGUCUGGAAUGGAGGGAUGGUGUAUGUGGUUGUUGACCAAAUUUGGAUCACCUCAGCCGUGGACGAAGGAGGAGGUCCUCGUGUACGUCGCGAAACUACGUACGGAAUUGAAGACCCCGCGGUAUCACAUCUAUCAGAGAGCGCGAAGGGUAUGGGCUCGGAAGCCUUUUGUGGAUGAGCUAGAACCUGAAAUCAAAAGGGAGCCAUCGCCUUAA